AUGGCAUCGUCUCUGGCAACAACCUCGGCGGCUGCAACCACCAGCACAAAUUUGGCUCAUUAUAAAACCAAUAACAAUACUUACAAGCACAAUUGUUUAUCUAAUGUCUCCUUUUGUCUCUCUCCCAAGCCUAAGCUCCGAUUCUUCUCCAAGCUACGCUUUGUUUUCCGGGAAAAUGCAGGAACGAAAGAUUAA